ACAGCUUCAGAGCAGCGCUACCGCUACAUCUUCAAUUUAGGACUAAAAAAAACAGCUUUUUUUUUUCAUCUUUUUGCUUGAUAAAGAGUAACCUCUGCCACAACACAGCUAACAUACUGUACUAUGUAAUGCUAGUUUAACCAGCGGGGAACACGUCUGCUGUGUGCUCACAUUAAUUAUGUAGUUUUUUUUGCCCUUUUUGUUCCAGUCGUUUGUUUGUCAGGUGAGACAGACGGAGAUCACUGGCGACAACCUCUUGGAUUUUUUUCCCUUUGAGAUCAAGAUCUUCAAACUGGCCGAAAUGGAUGAACAGAGUGUUGAGAGCAUCGCAGAGGUGUUUCGCUGCUUCAUCUGCAUGGAGAAACUGAGGGACGCUCGUCUCUGCCCACACUGCUCCAAACUCUGCUGCUUCAGCUGCAUAAGACGAUGGUUGACAGAGCAGAGAGCCCAGUGUCCACACUGUCGGGCUCCGCUGCAGCUGAGGGAGCUGGUCAACUGUCGCUGGGCAGAAGAGGUCACCCAGCAGCUGGACACCCUGCAGCUCUGCAGCCUAACCAAGCAUGAAGACAACGACAAGGACAAAUGUGAGAACCACCAUGAGAAGCUGAGUGUUUUCUGUUGGACCUGUAAGAAAUGCAUCUGUCACCAGUGUGCUCUGUGGGGAGGCAUGCACGGGGGCCACACCUUCAAGCCUCUGGUGGAGAUCUAUGAGCAGCACGUGACCAAAGUGAAGGAGGAGGUCGCAAAGCUCCGACGCCGUCUCAUGGAGCUCAUCAGUCUGGUGCAGGAAGUGGAGAGGAACGUGGAGGCUGUGAGGGGAGCGAAGGACGAGAGGGAGGAGAUCCGAAACGCUGUGGAAAUGAUGAUCGCACGUCUGGACAACCAGCUGAAGAACAAACUCAUCACCCUCAUGGGCCAGAAGACGUCCUUGACCCAGGAGACGGAGCUGCUGGAGUCUCUCCUGCAGGAGGUGGAGCAUCAGCUUCAUUCCUGCAGUAAGAGUGAACUGAUCUCCAAGAGUCCAGAGAUCCUGCUCAUGUUCCAGCAGGUCCACCGCAAACCCAUGCAGUCCUUCGUCACCACGCCGGUCCCUCCGGACUUCACCAGUGAGCUCGUUCCAGCCUAUGACUCCAGCACUUUUGUUCUGGUCAAUUUCAGCACCCUGAGGCAGCGGGCGGACCCAGUUUAUAGUCCUCCUCUACAGAUAUCUGGGCUCUGCUGGAGACUUAAAGUCUACCCGGAUGGGAAUGGCGUGGUCCGUGGAAACUACCUGUCUGUCUUCUUGGAACUGUCUGCUGGACUCCCUGAAACAUCAAAGUAUGAGUACCGUGUGGAGAUGGUCCAUCAGGCCUCCAGUGACCCGACCAAGAACAUCAUCCGAGAGUUCGCCUCUGACUUUGAGGUCGGUGAAUGUUGGGGCUACAACCGCUUCUUCAGACUCGACCUUCUGGCCAGUGAGGGCUACCUGAACAUGCAGACUGACACGCUGGUCCUCCGCUACCAGGUUCGUUCCCCCACCUUCUUCCAGAAGUGCAGAGAUCAGUACUGGUACAUCAGCCAGUUGGAGUCAGCCCAGAGCAGCUACAUCCAGCAGAUCAACAACCUCAAAGAGCGGUUGGCCAUCGAGCUGUUUCGCCGACAGACGUCACGCAGCUCCUCGCCUCCUGACAUGAGACUGGCUGCGAGCACCACGACGUCUGAGAGAGACUCGCGCUCUGUGAAGAGUGACGACGAAAUCCAGACCACUUUGAGCAACACUAAGAAAGCAGAAGAAGAAGAGAGGACCCAGCACGAUGACUCUAAUGAGCUGUCCGAUGGUGACCUGGAGGUGGACUGUCUGACGGAGGAGGAGGUGAACCCGCUGGACGGCAGCAGCACCUCAGGGAGCUCCACAGCCACCAGCAACACUGAGGAGAACGACAUAGACGAGGAGACCAUGUCCGGGGAGAACGAUGUAGACUUCAUUGGGAACCUUGAGACAGAAGAAGGAGAGCUUCCUGAUGACUUGGCAGGAGCCACAGGUGGAUCCAGCUCCAGCAUGCGCUCCUUACACCGCAGUGCUGCAGCCGGUCGCAGUGGGACCAGUAGCGGUGCUGCUGCUGGCGGUCCAGGCGGUAACAGCCUCCUGGAGAUAGACCCGGUCAUCCUGAUCCAGCUGCUGGAUCUGAAGGAGCGCAGCAGCGUGGAGUCUCUGUGGGGCCUUCAGCCUCGGCCUCCUGUUUCCCUGCUGCACAGCCAAGCUCAUCCCCACUCCCGGAAGGAUCGAGAGCGGCGACCUCAGGUCGUGCGACGAUCAGCUCCAGACUCCGGGGUCCUGAUCCGCCUUAAGGCCCAGAUGGCCGAGGUCCGCAGUAAGAUGUCCGAUGUCAAGAGUCAAGUGCUGGAGGCUCGGGGGACAGGAGAGACCAGGCCCGGCCCGUCAGGGGGCUUCAGUGUGGAGGAGGCUCCCUCUCACCACGCUGACUCAGAGUUGUCAGCUUGUCGUAAACCCGGGGAGCUGGACCUGCUGGGGAGAGCGGCCGCUGCUCGUUCCAGGCCCUGCCGCCCUGCCAGGAAAUCUCUGUCCCCCGUCCUGGACAAUAAUGGCUCCGUGGUCGUGAAGAGGAGGAGUCCAGAGGAGAUGGAGAAGGACCUGAGGGGAGCAGACCUGGCCACAGAGCUCAGCCUGCACCUGAAAGAGGGGCUUGGAGGUUCUGAGGGAGUGCUGAAGCCAGACGGCAUCCAGAGCCCCCUUGUUUCUCUCGGCAGCUCCUCAUCAGAGCAGGCCUCCACCUCCAAGCAGCAGUACUCUGUGGAGCAGCAGCUGUACGGGGCCUCCGGGUCCAGGGACGACAUUUUUACCUUGGGUGGACCGAGCUUCAUGACUGCCAGCAAGAACUGUGGCAGUAGGACCCUGGGGGCGGCCAUGUUGGACUGUGAAUCUGAAAGCUCAGGAAACUCUCAUCAGUCCUUGCUGGAGGGGCUUUCUGCACAGCCACAUUUGAGUGAAGAUCCGUCACCAUCCGUCCUCGUGGUCGCGACAAGCAGCGACAGCGACACAGAGGACGAGGCCCUGCAGAGCAACAACUCUCGCUACGACAACCAGACUCCUCCCUGCACAGGAGAUCAGCUUCUGUCUGAUGACAUGAGUCUACCUGCUGACAGGUGAUUCCCUCUGAGCCUGUGCCAAACAUCUGGAGACAACACACACACACACACACACACACACACAUACACACACACACACACACACACACGCACGCUAGUUCCACACAUGUGUAGAGUAGAAACUGCUUGUUAUGCAUGAAGUCAAAAUGAAGAUGACGCAUCAGCUCACCUGGUCGUCCGGACACAGAAACAUUUCUCUCGAUGUGAUCACGACCACUUAGUCAGAUUGUUUUCGACUAAUUAUAAGCAUAACUGUUCUGAUUGGCUCAUGAUGUUAUUAUUUGUAAACCUGCCACUUUAAGAGAACCAACACGUCAACAUUUCACCACUGCCAACUGAAUCUUUAAAACUACUAAGGACUUUUAUUUUGAAACCUGAACCACUACAUUUACCUGGACUGCAGGGCGUUUAGUCCAAACGUUAACUUUCUGCACAAAUCUGUGACAUUUUCAGUUUAUAGAGGCUUUUAUAUAUCUUGCAUAUUAACAGGAGUUGAACUGUAAAUGAUCUAUGGUCUAUAAGAGCUCAGUGUUUAAUAGCAGCGUGCUGUCUGUGUUUAAUUCACUCUGUCUGUUUUUUAGUCUCUCCUACACCUACUCUUCUUCCCUCUCCCAUGUCCCUACACCUCCCUGUGUUGGUGCUUAAAGUCUUAAUUCAUUCCUUAAACAUCCAGUUUCAUUUACUCUCAGCUUGUCGUCUGCAUAAAUUCAGUCCUUUUUCCUCCUUUAGGUGAACCUGUAGCGUUCAAUUAGCUUUCCAGGUAUCUUAUGUAAAUGUCUCCUCUCCUAAGAACAGCGGCAGCCACAGUGUCUGUCUUUAUGUGACAUUUGAAAAGGGUAAACGAUUACUGAAUCACAUGGCUUAUAAAACACCUGCUGCACUGAUGUUUGUGGGCUGAAAGCAUGCUGCAGAUCUGACUCUUAACAGUUUCGAGCGGAUGUCAAUUCUUCGACAUUUGCUCGGACAUCAGCGACUGAAGCUUCAGGUGCAAAGUGUUCGAUGGCUUCCACCCACAAAGAACUGCCUCAACACGUAAUUCACUACAUGACAGGACAUUCAGACAUCAUUAUCAGUCUUAUGAAAAAGAAACAGAAGCUCGGGGGAUGCAGUAUAAAGACUUAAAACUGAGGGAAACGAGUAGCCUGGCUGUAGUCGCUGUGUUGACAUGAAGCCGGUCGCUCCUUCAGACUGUAAAUCAACACCGGGUCAAACACCGCUGCUCUCUGAGGGUCAAACUCUGACAUAAGCUGCACCUCUGGAAGUAGUCGACGACAUCACAGCAGUUGUCAAACAAAAAACACCUGUUAUAGCCUUUAAUCACUGCAGAUGAUUAUACUUGUCACAGCAGCAGAAACAAAAAUGCUCUGUUGUAUUCAAGUGUUGAAGCUGUGUGUGUGUGUGUGUGUGUGUGAUUCGUCAUGCGCUGAACUGAAGCAGCUAAAUGAAAUGUAACCUUCUUUUCUUUGAUUUUCUUUACACCUGUGCACUUCCUGCUGUGAAAAGUAAAAACCUCAGCACUAAAUACAAACCCGGUAUUGACCUCUUCACAGCUGAGCUCAGCAGAGUUUCAAUUAUUCAGAUUAAAACAAACAAAAAAGGCAUUAACUCUCUUCCUUAUACUCAUGUCUAUCCACUCAGGUUGUUUUUAUUUGUCCAGAUUUUCUGACUCCAUAUAUAGUAUAUUAAAGAGAAUUGAAUGUAGGACUCAAUUAGUAACUGAUUGAUUGAUUGAUUGAUUGAUUGAUUGACGUAUCUAAUAUGUCGUCAGUGAAUCUUUUCCUGUUUUCUUGAUGUUUUCACAUCAUAAGAAGGAAACUAAGCAACGUCCUCAUCUGACAAACUGGACUUAUGUUUUUGCACAGAAAUGUCCGUAAUGUUAUUGAGCAAAUACACAACUUCAGUAAUCAUUGCGUUAAAGAGUUGAACAUGUGUCACACUGGGAAUUUUAUUUGUAAGAUUUUAACAGUGCGAUGAAAAAGAUGUUUCCUGUUACUGCAAACACAAAACACAAAACCAGAUUUGGUUUGAAAUCCCGUUUCCUUUCCCUCACAUUAUUUUAAAAAAACAGUCGACGGUGUGUUCUGCAGAUCACUCAGAGCAACAGCGACAUUGUCUCGGGAAAGAUAUGUUAACUGAUGAAUUUUUCAAAUGUCAUUUUGAGCACGACAGAUGGCUCCACAAUCGGGCGUCUCCAAACCUGGACAAAUAAUACAACAACAGAAAAUGUGCAGCUAUGUUGCACUUGAGUCAAGGGAGAAGCUGUCAAACUGUGGUGUAUCGAACAUCCUUUCUAAUUCUCAGAAAGCGGGACAGCGAAGGUUUUAAAAAAAAAAAAAAAAAAAAAAUCUGUAAUUACAUAACACGUACUCUGUUUGCUUCACUGCUUCUCCUUCAUGGAUUCAUUAUAACUCACCUGAGCGCUCACAGCAAACAAACACGUGUCAGGCUGCUGCAAAACGACGCACGUUAUUGGGAGAAUACACGGGCACACAUAUAUAUCUGUAACGAACCCUUUGUGCACUUUGUAUGACUGCUGAUUGGCUCUGAAUGGUCCCUUUCUUGGUCACUGAGACACAUCUUGUCUUGAAGGUCACUUACACUCUGGAUGAAAGAAGGCACGUGUGACACUUCUUCAGUCAUUAGUUUACAUUGUAAAUAUUUACGAGUCGUGGUGCUUGCUGUAUAUGUGCCUCUUAAGUGCAUGGCUUUAUUGGCUGAAUAAAGGAGGAAGGUCGUCUUGUUUGCACCGAGACACAUCCAAACUAAAAUCACCCACUGAAAGAGAAGUAAAGCGUAUAACCUCCAUCACUACUCCACCUGAUAGUUUUCUUUUCCUCUCUUUCUUUACAUGUUUAUGAUCAAGACUUAGAUUAUAUUCUCUCUCUCUCUCUCUCCGUUUAUUAAUCUUUCAUCUUAUUUGUGCCUGUUGUGUCUGAAGCUGCUUUUUAUUUUGAAUGUUCCCAGAAUGCACUGCGCAUUAUUUGUUGUGUACAUUUCCUUAUUGUGUAAUAAAUAAAAUGUUUUAAGAUCUGUCAGAUCUCCAGA